AUCCACGAUUCUCUCCUGGGUCGAUACUGACGCCAGGAGCACAGCUGGCCAGGAAAGAGGAGGGCGCGCUGCGAUUGGCUGAGCGAGGGAUGCCGGCUGGGCUCUGAUUGGCUGGGAGCAUGGGCAGCUCGUCCUGGCGAGAGGAAGAGGAGAAGGAAGAGAAAGCAUCCAGUUUGUCCUGAGCCGGCGCUUUGGGGUAAGAAGAGCCCUGCCGGAGCCUAGAUCCAGAAAAGAAAAAGAAUGGCAGACUUUCCUGAUGUGGCUUCUGUGGCCACAAAGCUGAAAAAUACAGUCAUCCAGUAUUACAACAUUGAUGAGAGUGAAUGGAGAGUCGCUAAGAAAACAAAAGAUACAACAGUUUGGCGUAAGCCAUCAGAAGAAUUCAGUGGAUACCUCUACAAAACACAAGGAAUUGUAGAGGAUGUCACCAACCGAAUAGUAGAUCACAUCCGUCCUGGACCUUAUCGGCUACAUUGGGACAGCCUGAUGACCACGAUGGAAAUAAUUGAUGAGUUUGAAGAGAAUUGCUGUGUAAUGUCUUAUACCACCGCUGGGCAACUGUGGAACAUCAUUGCACCAAGGGAGUUCAUCGACUUCUCCUGCACAACAGACUAUGAAGAUGGGCUUCUCUCAUGUGGUAUCAGCCUGGAUUAUGGAGAAGUAAGACCGAAUUUUGUCAGAGGUUUUAACCACCCCUGUGGCUGGUUCUGUUUCCCACUCAAGGACAACCCCAGACACAGCCUUUUGAUGGGCUUCAUCCAGACAGAUCUGCGUGGGAUGCUCCCCCAGUCUGCAGUGGACACAGCUAUGGCUAGUACGCUGGUUAACUUUUAUUCUGAUCUCCGGAAAACUCUGAAAGCAUGAGCCUUCAGUUCUGUAUGUCGCCUUGCCAUCCUCCUCUGUUCCACACUGUAGAUGUUUCAAACCAGAGCUUAGAAUAAUUAUUUCAUGGACCUUAAAUUCAAAAAGGUUACUUUACUAAGUGUUUCGAACAGAAAGUUGAUUGGUUGAAGUUUCCUGCAUGAAGGUCUUUCAUGUAUUCAGUUGUGGUGUCUUUGUGGACAGAUCAAUUGGACACAUGCUUGCUCUGAUGUAAGAUUUGUUGAGUUCCCUGAGACUUGUUUCUUGGGAAGCCUUCUUCUUGCUCCUGAAGAAUAAAACCAAAUGCAUAUGUGGGAAAUGCAUUUGCCCAAGACAUAAUUAAGGUGUUCAUUACUUGAUUUUCUAAAAUCUAUGCUCCUCUCAAGCUGAAGUAGUAGGAAGCAUGCUUUCAUCUUAUUAAUUUGAAGAUGAGCCUCUGCUGCCUCAGCAUCCAGUUUCCCACAGUGGGCAGCCAAAUGUUUUGGCUGAAAUGCAAAACUCACUGGACUGUAGACGUCUAGUCUAGGCCAGCUGUUAGCCCUUACAAAUCCUCCUGGUGGAUUGGAGUCUUUCGCUGAAGACAUGUAUCUUCGUGGCCACUUGCUUAUGAGUUGUGUACGUUUUGAGACAUCCACAGUGUGAGUAGGGGUUGGAAAAGCUACUUUUGGGGACUGUGAUUAUUUGAAUACACAGGUGGUGUCAAAAAGAUUGUUUUCACCAGCUUAUGGAUUCAUGUUUCCCUACAUUGCACUAUACACAGGAAUGUGUACUCCCAAUUGCUUUCUUGGGCUGCAUGUGUGUUGUUACCUAUGGCCAAAAAAGCAGGAAAGGAGGAGGAGAAAAACAGGACUACCUGGUUUAUAUGUCACUGUGGGUUUUCAUGGCUAUAAACCCACUUCUUCAGACACAGGACACACUGAUAUUAAAGGCCCAGGUUGUAAAUCCUAUUUAUUCAGUUAUGGGAGUGGGAUAGAAUUUACACAUUCCCACAACUGUGUAAAUAUGUAUUAUAACUUGAGCCUUUAAUAUCACUCUACUGCUUUUGAAGACGUGGGUUUAUCUCUACCAAAUCGCAUCUAAAAGAAAAACCAGUUCGUUCUAAAGGUGCUGCCAAAUUUCUUUUUCCCCCUCCUCUCCCUCCUCCCACUUUUUUUUUUGCUGCAAAAACUGAUGCAGCUACUGUUUUGAAAGUUAUCUGUGACUGUAUCUGGAUUCAAAUAUAGGUAUUUUCACAACUCUAGCAAACAAGACAACACAGGUGAAGUUUAAUAUUACAAAAAGCACAAGGAGUUUUGAUGAUGAAAAUCAUCUUGACUUUUGAUGACAAAAGUCAUCAAUGCAUACCAUAAUUUUAAAUAUCAUUAAAAUAAGGUUUUAAAGUUAAAGUUACAAAGAAAUCUACAUUUAGGGUGCUUAUUUCAGAUCUUGGGCAUUAUAUAGUUUCUGCAAUUAGACUUAUGAAUUGUUCAAAUGUCUCCUUCAUUUAGUAAUUUCUGAAUGCUAAAUUUAUUAUUUGGUGUUUGCCUUCAAGUCGUUUCCAACUCAUAGUUGACCUUAAGAUGAAUCUGUCAUGGUGUGGGGUUGCCUUUGCUUUCUUCUGAGGCUGAGAGUGUGGGACUUGCACAAUGUUACCCAGUGAUUUUCCAUGGAGUGAGUAAAGAUUUGAACACUAGUGGCUCUCUAAGUUUAUUAUAGGAUCAAAUGUUGAUGCUUGCCCAGAGGAGGGUAACCAAAAUAGUCAAAGGUCUGGAAGCCAUGCCCUAGAAGGAACAGCUUAGCGAGCUGGGUAUGUUUAGCUUGGAGGUUAGGAGAUGACUUGGUUCAGUGUUUGAAAGGAUGUCAUAUUGAAGAUGGAGCAAGCUUGUUUUCUAUUGCUCCAGAGACUAGGACACGGUGGAUUUAAACUUCAGGAAAAGAGAUUCCAAGUAAACAUUGGAAGAGCCUCUUGAUGGUAAGAAACAUAAUACAUUGCUUUGGAGUAUGGUGGAAUCACUUUCUUUUGAGGUUUUUAAACAGCCUCGCUAGCCAUCUGUUGGGACUGCUUUGACUGGGAGGAGAUGGGAAGGAGAUUGGACUUAGAUGGUCCUUGUGAUCUCUCUCCAGCUGUGUAAUUCUAAAUGUACAACGUCACAUGAGUAUGCAUCUAGGAAUAAAUGUGCAGGAACCUGCUUUUUAUCAGAAAAUAAUGUGUCCUAAGAUCAGACCAAAGGUCUGAAUAUUCCAGUUUUCUGUCUCCCAUGGUAAUUCACCAGUUACCUCUGGGAAGUCCUUUAGUAGGGCAUGAAGGCAAUAGCCUCCUCCUGUAAUUCUUCCCUAGCAAUUGAUGUAUCGAGGCACAUUGGCUGUCUCUUAUUCUGGAGGUAGUGCAUAGCUAUCAUGAUUAGUAGCUACUAAUUCCACAUGUAUUUGUCAACUGUUCUUUUAAUACUACCUAAAUGUAGUAGAUAAGAGACAGACUGAUGUAGUGUUUUGAAUGUUAGCCAGGGACUUCAGGAGAUUAGAGUUCAAGUGCUUGCUUUGCUAUGAAAACUCAUUGGGUGACAUUGGAACAAGUCAUUCUCAGAAGAAGGUAACAGCAAACUCACUCAGAACAAAUCUUCCUGAGCAAACCUUAGUAGUUUGCCUUAGGGUCACCAUACAUUGGAACUGACUUGAAGACACACAUCAGUCGCAACAAGCCUAGUGGUUGGCUAUCAUUUCUAGAUUGGCAGCAAUACCAAUGUCUCACAGUCCAGCACAUGUGUUCUUUGUGAGAUGGUUGAUAUAGAAUUGAACAAACUGGCCUUGGUCAUCUAGCAUUAGAGAACAAAAUUAAAAUGGCCUUCAUUUUUUUUUUUCAGGAAAGGGUCAGGAAUGUGCUUGCAGUUUGUUUUUACUGCAUAGCAAAUGCAAAGAAUGCCUUUGAUAAAACUCAGGUAAUAGAUUGUAAAUAGCAAAACUGCUGUAAAAUAGCAGUAUCUACUAUAUUCAGAAGUGAUUGCUUCCAGAGUUAAUCAGGAAAAUUGCAGAGUUGUGUAUGGCCGUUAAGAUACUCUGAUUAACUACAGAGUAGUCUAAGUACACUAAAGGCAAGAGAUCCCAUCUGAUCUUGAAAUCUGAGCUGGCCCUACUUAAUACUUGAAUGGGAGACCUCAAAUGAAUGCUGUGUACAGAAAAGUCUGAUUUAAGAGAAAGGAACUGACAAAAUCACCUCUGAGUACUUCUUGACUAAGAAAACCCUGUGAUUGUGAGGAUGUCUGUGGCAAUAUAGCUCUCUGGGGAGCCUGCUAGCCACCCACUGAUGCCUUGCAAAUGAACAAGCAGAAGUGCUGCAGCUGCUAUCUCAAAUGCAGAAAUAAGCAGCAGGUAGAGUCUCAGAGGUGGAGAAAGCCCAGAGCAUCAUGCCUGAUGGCUGGGGUUUGCUGCCACUUCUGCUGCUGCUGCUCUGUGUCAUUAUAGAAAUAAGGCACACUGGCAUCCACAUUUGUUUUGGUAUCCACAUGGAGUCCUGGAAUAAAACCUCAGCAGAUACUGAGGACCCAAUAUUAGAUUACAGUAUAUUUUUAAGAUCACUUUGAAAGAAAAGCAAGCAAUAGUAUUAAGGAGUAGCUUUUAGCCUUCUUACUGAUCAGAAUACAAAAGGAGUUGCACGUUCAUAGGACUAGCCCAGUAAGAAUGAGGAACUGACUUGCACUCUCUCUUUCUAUACAUAUUAUAUAGGUGUGUGUGUGUGUGUGUAAUUUAAAGGGCUGGACAUGUUUAAAUAUGCAUAUAAAUGUUCAUUCUUCAAUUUACUCUUGGUUGCUUCCUAAUCCUGACCCAAGAGUUUUUGUUUAAAAAGGGAGCACUGGCUGGUGACGUCUAGGCCAGUAAAAUAGUACAUACAUCCAAGUUGUGCUCUGAACUUUGCAAAGCUAUCCAAGGUACUGCACUUAUUUUGAAGACCAGCUUUGCCAUUUUGGGUAGCUUAUUUAAAGUUUGGAGAGAACUCUUAGAAUGGAUUUGCUAUUACAACAGCAUGGCAAACCCUACCCAUUCUUUCCAAAAAUAAAAAAUAUAUAGAGACACUGUAGUCCUAUUUCCAUACCUGUCUAUUUUAAUCCUUAAGAGACAAAAAAAUGCCAUUGGAUACAUUGUAUCAAAAUGUGUAGUAUUAUUAUCAGCAGCAACAAUACCUAUUUCUGAAGGUAAUAUAGUGAAGCAUGUGGAUAUACAGUAUACAAAAAUAGCUGUAGCUAUUAAAAGUAGAAAGCUAUUGCAAUGUAUUUAAUAAAAGUGUGUUCUCUUUCAAUAGGACUUCACAGUGCUUACCUUUAACUGAAUGGCACUCAGAAACAGAUUCAAAAAUGUUCUUUAAGUACAGUUUUAUCAUAGUAUUUAUGAAUCUAUUCUCAGGAAAAUAUUUUCUCAUGACUCCUAUUCAGGGUCCAGAAAGAAUUCAUCUGAGAGGUUCAGUAGAAUGUGAUCUUCUGACAGUUUUGUGAUGACUUUUGUUUUUUAAAUUAUCAGUAUGCUUAGAUGAUUUGAACAGAUGUUUUUAAAUUCACUUGCUGGCCCAAGUGACCACAAUUCUGCUUAAGGCAAGGAAACCCUCCACUGGAAAAACUGUUUGAGGAUUGCGGUAUAUUUUUAUUCUGUGCUAUAAUUAGUAUGCAAGUAUUUAUAUCAGAUGUUUAUGAUGUACAUUAAAGUAUUAAGUUCAAAGUACUUUGUCUUUUGUUUUUCAAAAUAAAGAAAUCAAAGCGGCGAUCAGCACCCA